GACGAAUACAGAUUUGGGAUUUUCAAAGACAAUUUGGUGCGUGCCAAGCAACUUCAGGAUGCGGAACAGGGUACGGCGGAAUAUGGUGUGACACAGUUCUCUGAUUUAACAAGCGAGGAGUUUGCAAACAAGUACCUGGGAGUGCAACUCGAUGAACCGGCUACAGAAGAGGAAGUCGAUUCAGAAGAUGUGACAGUGGCUGAUGACAGCUUCGACUGGCGACAGCACGGUGCUGUAGGACCGGUGAGGAAUCAAGGACGAUGUGGAUCAUGCUGGGCAUUUUCCACAGUCGGCAACAUCGAGGGUCAGUGGUUUCUAAAAUCGGGAGAACUUCUCCAGCUCAGUGUACAGCAAGUCCUAGAUUGCGACCAUGUCGACCACGGAUGCAACGGUGGCUACCCUCCACAGGUUUAUGAUCAGGUGAACAAAAUGGGUGGUUUGGAACUUGAUGCGGAUUAUUCGUACAAAGCAUUUGCUGGGGGUUGUCACAUGGACCGUUCGAAAUUUAGAGCCUAUGUGAAUAGUUCAGCCAUUCUGCUACGAAAUGAACAAUUUCAAGCUUAUCAACUCAAGAAGAUUGGCCCACUUGCCUCUACUCUAAAUGCACGCACCCUGCAGUUCUACCAGAAAGGGAUUAUGCAUCCAACACGCAUUAAUGCAUGCAAUCCAGGAGAGCUGAAUCACGCUGUCCUUACCGUUGGCUACGGAACAGAACAGGGAAUACCAUACUGGAUAGUGAAGAACAGCUGGUCCAAAGGCUUUGGAGAGCAGUUCACUUUCGAAUUCGGUGGAACAUCUAACAUUUUGAUGACCUUUGUUGCUUGCUUACAAAAUAAAUGGAUUGAAGUGUUCGGGUCGCGUUACCUGAUAAUGCGCAUCUCCACCUGUUAUCUGUUCGCUCUAGAACUCUGGUGCCUCUGCGCCAGAACCAUUAUUCCCGAGACAGAAAAUGCUCGACAACUGUACGAAGAGUUCAAGCAGAAGUACAAAAAGACUUACGUGAAUGACGAUGACGAAUAUCGAUUUGGCGUUUUCAAAGAUAAUUUACUGCGUGCCCAUCAACUUCAGAUCAUGGAAAAGGGCACAGCAGAAUAUGGUGUGACUCAGUUCUCUGAUCUCACAAGUCAGGAGUUCGAGACUCACUAUUUGGGAUUGAAAUAUGAGGGCAUGCCAGACACUGAAGAAUCGUCUCCACGUAAGCAUGUUGUGAUGGAUGAAGACAGCUUUGAUUGGCGAGAUCAUGGGGCUGUAGGCCCUGUGCUGAACCAAGGAAGCUGUGGAUCGUGUUGGGCGUUUUCAACAAUCGGUAAUAUCGAGGGUCAGUGGUUCCUCAAAACAGGGGACCUCCUGCGACUCAGUGAACAGCAACUUAUUGACUGCGACAGCGUGGACGAAGGAUGCUACGGUGGUUAUCCCACCAAAGCAUAUGGCGCAAUCAUUGAAAUGGGUGGCUUGGAGUUGAAUUCUGAUUAUCCCUAUAAAGCGUUCGCUGAAAAAUGUCAGAUGGACAGACAAAAGCUUAGAGUCUAUAUCAACGACUCCGUUGUCUUUCCACGAAGUGAGAGCUUACAGGCAGAAGUACUCAAACUGAUGGGACCCCUAUCCUCCGCUUUAAAUGCUAAUUCUUUGCAGUUUUACAAGUCCGGAAUUGUACAUCUUCCAGUAACGUCAUGCGUCCCACAGGCCCUUAAUCAUGCAGUACUUACUGUGGGCUACGGAACAGAGAAUGGACUACCGUACUGGACGGUGAAGAAUAGUUGGGGUACUGCGUUUGGUGAAGACGGCUACUUCCGUAUUCAUCGAGGUAGUGGAACUUGUGGAAUCGACCGCUUGGUCUCUACUGCCGCGAUCAGAUAG